CAGACCUCAUCCAUCAGUUCGAUCACCGAGAGUACAAUGUCGCUGAACAUCAUAACAGUGACCCUCAACUUGGAUACCGUCAACUUCCUCGGCAUAUCCAUCGUAGGCCAGAGCAAUAAGGGAGGGGACGGCGGCAUAUACGUGGGCUCCAUCAUGAAGGGCGGCGCUGUGGCACUGGACGGCCGCAUAGAGCCCGGAGAUAUGAUACUACAGGUAAACGACGUGAACUUCGAGGACAUGUCCAACGACGACGCCGUGCGUGUGCUCCGGGAGGCCGUCCAGAAGCCGGGACCCAUUAAGCUGGUGGUGGCCAAGUGCUGGGACCCCAAUCCCAAGGGCUACUUCACGAUACCGCGCACCGAACCGGUCAGGCCUAUAGAUCCCGGCGCGUGGGUCGCCCACACAGAGGCUGCCCGAGCCAACCAGUUCAGUGAACAAGACUAUCCUCUGAGACCACCCUCUGUGUCCACGCUUACCUCCACCUCAUCAUCAAUCACGACAUCCAUACCCGAAACGGAACGACAGUUAAUCCUAGACUCGGCGCACCUGUCGGUUGAGAUGGAUAUGAUGACAAUCGCCAAAUCGAUGGCCAAUCCCGACUCAGGGCUCGAAGUGAAAGACCGAAUGUGGCUUAAGAUAUCGAUCCCCAACGCCUUCAUCGGCUCGGAAGUGGUCGACUGGUUGUACCGCAACGUACAGGGCUUUCAGGACCGCCGGGAGGCCCGUAAAUACGCCAAUCAGAUGCUAAAACAGGGACUCAUUAAGCAUACCGUGAAUAAGAGCUCCUUUUCGGAGCAGUGCUACUAUGUGUUCAAUGACUCGCUAUUAGAGCGAGACUUCGCCGCACUUAAGGUCAACGACGACGACCUCCCGCCCUCUUACAUGUCUGCCGGCGCUCUCAUACCUCAAUACACCGGCAACUAUGCGCCCGCUUUCAUGCAUCCGUGGGGUUCGGGCGGUGAGAUCCACAACUACGGCAUGUUUGGCGCCCAACCAUUCAAUAAUGGGAACGGAGGAAGCAUUCACAGCAAUUCAAUGUCGAGUGGCAAUGGUAUCGACGGUAAUGGCAUUCAUAGGCGCAACGAUGUGGCGCUGAUAGGCGAGCGCCAGAGUGCGAGUCCCGGUGCCAGCAGUGACUUCGACGACAUGAGCCAACGAAGUGGUCCCAUACUAAUCAAUUCACUGCAACAAAAACAGAUGCAAUCCUUUUCCAAUCCGUUGCAACAGCACCCGACCCCACGACAGCAUAUGAACGGCGAGCUCAUGCAUAAUAACCACAACUCACACCUCCUGAUGGGCGGUGUGGGCCCGGAUGGACCCAGCGAUCAGUCGUGCGCCGACUCCACACAUUCGGGCACUACUACCACCACCACUAGGGAUACGGAAAAGCAAAUGGACGGCCAGUCGUCCGAUAUAAAUGGUAGUCGACAGUCGUUUCGUAUGGCAAUGGGAAAUCCAUGUGAAUUCUUUGUUGAUGUCAUGUAAUGUCUGUCCCCUAUCGGUCCCCUCUCUCACCUACCAGUGCCCUAUAUAUCAAUUUAAUGCUCGAACCCAUUGACAGUAAUAGGAUUUUCAAUUGACAUGUUUUUUACUUUGACUUAAAAUUUUAAAACCAAUUUAAUAGUCAACGUUAGGAACGGAAUGUUUGUUUUGAGGUUUUUAAUCAGUGGUUGGGU